AUGAAAAUUCUUGCAAAAAAAGAAAAGUAUCUUAAAAUGGAUGAUGAAAGGGACCUCAGAAUUGUUAUUUUACCCUCAAGAAUAACAUCAAAAAUUCAACCAAUAGAUGCAGGUAUUAUUGCUGCCUUCAAACACUGUUACUAUCAUUUCUUAUUGCAACAUGCUAUUGAUCAUAAUGAGGCUGGAGAAUCUGAUAUAUAUAAAACUAUCGCAAACUGUUUCCACCAUACUGGCUUGUUUGAUUAUGAAAUUUCUGUCACUAUUUGUGAAGUUUAUCCAAAUAAUAAAGAUUUAUUUGUUGCUGCAGAUUUGGAAGAAUUGCUUAAAUUAUUGUCUAUUUGCCACUCUAUAAACCUUGCUCAAUAUACAAACCUACUAGAAGAGAUGAAUAUAGUAUUUCAAAAGUUCACAGAUGCUGACUUGCUAGAAUUAGCAGCCCAGAAAAAUGAUGAUAGUACUGAGAAUAGCAUAUCUAAAGAUACUAAAAUUAGUUAA